UACAGACCUUAUAUAUAGCAAGUGCACUUGUAUAGAGUGUGUUAUUCUUUCUCUAUGGCUUCAAUUACACAACAUAUUAGUGUCAUUUUCUUCAUAGUAUCUUUACUCUGUCUUUGUUCUUCUAGCUCCCAGCAGGAACUUGAGUACGAAAAAUGGAUCUCAUGGAACAAACAAAACUACCUGACGAAGAAUAAGAUUUCGGCUACACAAUCCGUGAGGGGGAUGAAAGUUGUCGAUGUCAAGCUAAGAAAUGCCGAGAUGAAUAAAGUCAGAGUAAGUGUCAGUCAAUUCGGGACUGGCGAUUUCCUGACCAUUAGAGAAGCUAUUGCCUCCGUUCAGUUGCAUAACACUAAACGGAUCAUUCUUGAUAUCGGUCCAGGUGUUUAUAGGGAAAAGAUCAUUGUCCGGAAAACUCUGGAUUUUAUAACAUUUUUUGGCAAUGCAAGUGAUCCACCAACUAUCACUUGGAAUGACACAGCUUCGACUACCAGUGGAAGAGAUGGGAGGCCUUUGAAGACAUUCCAGAGUGCCACUGUCGCGGUUGAUGCUAAUUAUUUUGUUGCAGUCAAUAUCAAAUUCGAGAACACAGCACCGCACAAAAUUGGAUCACAGGGAGAACAAGCAGUGGCGCUGCGAAUAUCAGGAAGUAAAGCUGCAUUUUAUAACUGCAGUUUCUUUGGGAGUCAAGACACCCUCUAUGAUCACAAGGGUCUCCAUUAUUUCUAUAAUUGCUUCAUUCAAGGCUCUGUUGAUUUUAUCUUUGGCUAUGGAAGAUCCCUUUAUGAGAAGUGUCAUUUAAACUCGGUAGCAAACAAGGUGGCGUCUCUUACAGCGCAAAAGCGGAAUAUUGCAACAAUGCAGAGCGGAUUUUCAUUCAAAGAUUGCAGGAUAACAGGGAGUGGACGAGUCUAUUUGGGAAGAGCAUGGGGUGAUUAUUCCAGGGUGGUCUUCUCUUACACGUUCAUGGACAGUCUUGUUCUUCCUCAAGGGUGGAGUGAUUGGGGUAAACUCAGCCGUGACGUGAACGUGUAUUACGGGGAAUAUGAGUGCAGUGGACCAGGAGCCAACAUGAGUGGAAGAGUGAGCUGGGCACGAAUUCUCACUGCGGAAGAGGCUCAGCCAUUCAUUGGAACCUCUUUCAUCGACGGGGAUACUUGGCUCACUCCCCCUUGACGCCUGCACGCCAUUUCAUUUUCAACAUCAUUUAAGCUAAGCAAUUUAUUUUGUUUGGAAUGCAAAUUCUAUUAUUGUUGGAUAAGUGACAAUAAUGUACAAGAAAUUAAGGUUUAUAAUCGA